AUGGCGGAACUGGGGAAGAAGUACUGCGUGUACUGCCUGGCUGAGGUGAGCCCGCUGCGCUUCCGCUGCACCGAGUGCGCCGACAUCGAGCUCUGCCCCGACUGCUUCUCGGCGGGCGCCGAGAUCGGCCCGCACCGCCGAUGGCACGGCUACCAGCUCGUCGACGGCGGCCGCUUCACCCUCUGGGGCGCCGAGGCCGAGGGCGGCUGGAGCAGCCGGGAGGAGCAGCUGCUGCUGGACGCCAUCGAGCAGUUCGGCUUUGGCAACUGGGAGGACAUGGCUACUCAUGUGGGAGCAUCCCGAACACCCCAGGAGGUGAUGGAGCACUAUGUGAGCAUGUACAUUCAUGGCAACCUGGGAAAAGCCUGCAUCCCUGACACGAUCCCGAACCGAGUGACGGAUCACACGUGUCCCAGCGGGGGGCCGCUGUCCCCCAGCCUGACCACACCGCUGCCACCACUGGACAUAACUGUGGCAGAGCAGCAGCAGCUCGGGUACAUGCCGCUGCGGGAUGACUACGAGAUCGAAUACGAUCAGGAUGCGGAGACCCUCAUCAGCGGCCUCUCGGUGAACUACGACGAUGACGAUGUGGAGAUAGAGUUGAAAAGAGCUCAUGUAGACAUGUACGUGAGGAAGCUCAAGGAGAGGCAGCGGCGGAAGAACAUUGCACGAGACUAUAACUUGGUACCGGCCUUUCUGGGGAAGGAUAAAAAGGACAAGGAGAAAGCUCCCAAACGAAAGAUCACUAAAGAGGAGAAGGAGCUGAGGCUGAAACUGAGGCCUCUGUACCAGUUCAUGUCUUGUAAGGAGUUUGAAGACUUCUUUGAGAACAUGCACAAGGAGAGGAUACUCCGAGCAAAGAUUCGGGAGCUGCAGCGGUACCGUCGGAAUGGGAUCACCAAAAUGGAAGAGUCGGCAGAAUAUGAGGCAGCCAGGCAUAAACGGGAAAAGAGGAAGGAGAACAAAAACAUAGCGAGCUCAAAGAGAGGGAAGGAAGAUGGAAAAGAGGGUGAAUUUGCUGCCAUUGAAAACCUGCCUGGCUUUGAACUCUUAUCAGACAGGGAAAAGGUGCUCUGCAGCUCUCUAAAUCUGAGUCCUGCACGUUAUGUGACUGUAAAAACUAUAAUCAUUAAAGACCAUCUUCAAAAAAGACAAGGAAUUCCUUCCAAGAGUCGCCUUCCCAGUUACUUAGACAAGGUACUGAAGAAAAGGAUUUUAAACUUUCUAACAGAAAGUGGUUGGAUAUCUAGGGACGCUUCCUGAAACUCAGCUGAUCUGAAAGUACACAGCAGAGACACAUUAGAGCCUCAAGGACUCCGUUAGUUUUUCCUUCCCUCCCCAGAGAUACAGAAAUCACGUCACUUAAAAUUAACAGCAACAGAAAUGCGAAUGCAUAAACCCCCUCAGUAUUCGUGAUCCAUGGUUCAAAUGGACUUUUGCUUUGGAUCAUGGAAAUAAUUGUGAAACUUCUGCAUUGGAUUUCACUGCUUUUGGUACAUUAUUCAGUCAGAUUUCUUUCACGUGAACUUACUCAAUUCCAGUAGUCUCAGAGUAGUUACUUACUCCCUGCUGCUGGAUAAAUGAGUAUCGGUGUAAUCCUUACUUUCGUUUGAAGGUGGGAGAUAGUUUCAUUUGCUGGAAACUGUCUUCUCCCUUUGUUGUCUUUUUUGGUGUAAUGCUGGCAGGAAAGUGAAGCUUCCAAAUGUGCUUCCAGGUGACCAGUGCUAAGCUUUCAGAACAUUCUCCUUAGUAACUACAGCCAAGCCUGGGACAGUGGGUGAGUUUCUGUCAGGAAUGCAGCAGGCAUGAGAAAAGGCAGUGAGUGGAGGGGAAGAAAUGCAGUAGGUGAGAUGCCUUCAGGUACUUGUGCUGUGGAAAGGGUUCUUGAAGAGCUGCCUUUGUUCCCAGUUGAUCCAGACGCAGCUUUGACAUUGAGGUUUGAAUGAAACAGACCCCACUGAAGCUUUGAUGUUCACUAAUGAAUAGCAAAGUUGCAGGAGUAUGAGCAGCUGUGGUGCUGUGUGGGGUCAGUACCACUGUCAAGGGGCUGAUUUGGGCCAGAAAUGGGUUUUGGAAAGAUGGGGAGUGAGUCGUUUGUCAGUAGGUGGGAGCCUCAGGCAACAGAAUCACCAUUCCCUCUUGCUGGAGGAGCCUACUCCUCAUUCAGUGCCUGUAACUUCUGAGCUUUUAUGGGCUGGGGAGGUGUAGCUGCUACCUCCUCCUGAACUUUGGGAGGUACAAGGAAAGGGAGUGAGUCUAAAAAGGUUAUCACUGAGACUGGGCUUUAAAACCCAAUGAGAGAAGUGACACAGAUGAGGUCAAAGCUCACAGCUUAUGUGCUCCUGAAGUGCAGAGCUGUAUUCAAGCCAUUACAGGGUUCUGAUUGCAUGUACCUUGAAACAUACCAGGCCAGACAUGUUGAAGUUACUGACAUGGCAGGAGAACUGUGAGUGCAGCCCACUCACAGUGAGAGUGAGAGUUCUCUGUGGUGAGAACAGUACACCUGGAGAGGUGACUUCCCCAACUCUUAACACUACAGUCUGAACUGGGUGCUUGCAACAGGCACCCUCUGGCCAGGUAUAACACUGCAAGUGAAAGACAUACCAGAUCCACAGCACUGGGUUAGUAGGAUCUACUAAAUUAGGGGGAAGAUGUUGAAGGACUAGAAAAGUUUUAUGCUUGUUUCAACCUUAAAUUCCCGUGCUGGUAUUUAACCAGAUGAAUAAAUACGGUGGUUGCCAUGUAGAAGACAGCACAGUGGUACUUGCCUAAGCCUCUCCACUAGUUGUGUCAAGAGCAGGAAGCUGGGACUAGAGGCCAGUUGGGCAGGUCUUCUGGAGUGCAAGAGUGCCAAAACAUGGAAUUUGACUGGCUCCAGAACAGGUGUGAGGAUUGGAAAGGUCAUCUUGCCUUGAUGCUUUGGGCUGUAGUCAGUGAGGAUACCACAAAAUCUUGAACCAGUAUUAAUUCUGCAACUUGGCAUAGGUGUACUGAUGGGAACUGGGGUUUAGGUAUCAUAUCCAGCAUUACCAGAAUAGUGUUACUAGUGAGGUUAGAAUAAAAGGGGUACAAUUACAAAGCCAGCAUUUCUAAGGAAGAGAAAACCAAAACUCUAGUGCCUUUUUCUUUUGAGCUUGUGAUGUUUGAUGUUCUGUCCCUUCAGAAAAAGUAAGGGCCAUGUCCUCUUGGAUGUAACACUUUGUUUGGCUUACCUGUAAAUGGCUCGUUGUGGAAUACUUGAGACAAAACCGUCUCUCUUUGGCAGCAGUGGAACUAACUGCAAUGUGCUGAGUAGCUCUAAGAAUCAUUUCAACCCUGUACACUGUACAAAAAGCACACAAGUUCGUAAGGUAUAAACCCUUGGUUAUUUUCUGCCCGACCCCUGCAGAAGGGAUGCUCAGCCUUUCUGGCAUUCUAGUUAUGCAAUCUGGUUCUUCCUGUACCUUGUUCCUGGACUGCCAUAACAUCCCAUUACUGCUAAUGUUCUGGAGCCUCAACUCUGCAUGUAGCUGGGAGUUUAAAAGCUAUUUUUUUUACUAUUAUUAUUUUCCUCAGAUCUGUGAUUUCUAUAUUUCUACGCUGUUGUGGCACAUCCAAGUGGAACCGAAGCAAUAGUCUAAAGCCCAUCUGAACAAUAACUUAAGACAGUAUCUAGGCACCAAUGAGUCAUUUAAAUGUUGAAGUGAACUCUGCAGUUACACUUUGUAGUUUCUUAAUGCCUCAGCCCCUCCAAAAUGUUUCAUUGGUGCUAGACGUAACUUAUUGAACAUCAAAAUGAAUGUAAAAAUAAAGUAUUUUUAAUGUAUGAAAUAUGGAUAUCAAUAUUUAUUUUAUACUUGCAAGCAAAUUUAAGGUGGUGAAUGUUUGCUUUAGCAAAUACUAGUCCCUUGGAAAGGGCUUCCCUAGAAGCAAUGUCUCAUUGUCAGCUAUGCUUUGAAUUUUUAAGGUGACUUGCACUAGAGGAUGCUGCUGUUCCAUGUUUUCACAUGGAACUGGUUUAGUCAAAGCAUUCCUUUGUUAUGAGCUGCUGGUUUUUUGUUUGUUUGUUUGUUAAGCUGAGAUGCAGUUAUGUUGAUCCUGCAGUUAACUAGAGCUAUACUGCUUCUCUUCUGUGGUGAAGGGGCUGAGCAAACACAUGGCAAAGAGCUCAACCUGUAUCUUGUCUUGAUCUGGAAAGUGCUUUCUGUACUGUACAAGUAACCUAGCCUUCAUGUUGCUAAUGAAAAGGUGUUUUAUAUGCUUAUGCUCUUGACUUUUCUAAUGGAAGAUACUACUAAUGAUAGCAUCUUUCCUGACAGCAUUGAUGUAAGCCUAUGAAAAACUGACACUCCAUAAGCUCUUCAAAAUACUGGUCUUCUGCUACUGAUAGAGGCAGCAAUAUGUCUGUUUUAAUGCUGUAUGUUUACUUUGAUCAGUCCAAUCACAGUGAUGUUUUACAGCAAUAUUUGCUUACCAGGUAACAAGGGAGCAUUAAUCUCCACUCUGCCAGUGCAGAAGGGUUUGUUAGAGAAUGUUCUGAAUACAAACCCUCCUGCCUUAUGUUUUGUUGCUGUCCCAGCAAGCAUUAAGAACAGCGUCAGUAGGUUUGCACGAGUCUUUGACCACAAACUGCCUUGUCAGUCACACAGACUAAGCACUCUGCCAUUAUUCUCUUGUGCGGUGGCUGCAUCAAGUUUCUUUGCAACCGUAAUGGACUUUUUUGGCCUUUCAGUUUACUCUCUUCUUGCAAAAUGUUUUUGCAUGUGCCCCAGUUGCUCUUAAGUGAUAUCACAUUAAAUACUGUGAAGGAAGGUACCUGGUGAGCAUGUUCAGCUCACUAGCUGCUUCCUUAAAGGGAAUGUUGCACUCAUUUGAAUGGUGUACUGGUAUAGCUGUGCCAGACACACAAAUGUCUGUGCUGAAGUCAUGUAAAACCUAACUGAUGUUGUGCACACUCAGCAUUUUACUAGGUUUUUGCAUUGUAUAUUGGUAAAUAAACUUGUAUUAAAGUUUCUUUCCA